CUGUAUUUCCGGUUUUGGAGCACGCUUUUCCUUCCGCGGGUUUGUGAAACGACACAGUAUCGCCGUGUGAAACGUGAAGAAACGGACUCAAAAUGAGCAAAGCGCACCCUCCUGAGUUGAAAAAGUUCAUGGACAAGAAGCUUUCACUGAAGCUGAAUGGAGGCCGGCAUGUGCAGGGGAUUCUGCGUGGGUUUGAUCCCUUCAUGAACCUGGUGAUGGACGACUGUCUAGAAAUGGGUCCCGGUGGACAACAGAGCACCAUCGGCAUGGUGGUGAUCCGAGGAAACAGCAUCAUCAUGUUGGAGGCUUUGGAGCGAGUGUAGUCCUGUUGAAGUCUCUCCUUCCUUUGUUUGAAAGAGAAGCUGAAGAUGUCUCGUUUUUCUUGUUUGGAAAUGUUGAUCUUUUAUGUGCGUUUGUGAAUAAAUAUUUUUUUCUUUAUAUUUCA